GAAUGUAAUCCAGAAAAAUAAGAAAGAGUGGAAGAGAAGAUGAAUAAUAUAACAGGAAGUGAAAUAGCAGGGCUGGGCGUUGGUUCUUUACUGUUAUGUUGUGCCAUUGCUGCUCCUAAAAUUGAUGCUUUUAUUUCUUCUUCACAAAGAAGUUCUCUGGGGAUGUGCAAGACGUGCGGUGAUCUAAAGAUGGUUCCGUGCUCAAACUGCAAAGGAAUCGGAAUGGUGAAGGCAGAUGGACCGAUAAAUUUCAACAUGAUGAAUGACUUGUAUCAGUCCUUUGGCGGUGUAUCGAAAGUGAAGACCUUUAAAUGUUCUAAAUGUCAAGCUCGAGGUCGAUUCUCAUGCCCUAACUGCUCUAAAUUACCUUCAGUUUAAUCCUCGUAAACAUUAGUUUUCCUGUGUUUAUUACAGAACAUAGUUUUAAUUGCACAAACCGUAAGCCUUCCUAUGAAUGAGAUCAAUAGUAGAUAUAAUAUCAUAAUAAGUAUUUCUUCUGUAAUCUACUUUCUACUUGGACUCUGUAACUGCUGAAUGAUUAUGAAUAUCCUAUACUGCAAGUCUGUAAGGAAACUUCUCAAGUUCUAAAUUUCUGAUUUUGUUUCUGUUUA